AUGCUGCAGCGCGUCCGAAGCACCAAGUCCUUUCGCCUUUGGACAUGCUGCCUUCAUGGGUACCGUUCAUCGCCGGGAGCGCCCGUGAUCCUGGGCCGCCGUCAUUUCAGUGAAAGGCUCGGCGAAGGCGAUGAGAUCCCGAAGCACAUUGCAUACGUCCCACAAUACUUCGACUUCAAGGCUUUUCGAAAAGCGCUGAGGGAGAAGAAGGACAGCCUUUCUGAAGCUGAGCUUCGGGAGGUCCGGCGGGAGUACGCGCUGCCUCCCCCAGAAGGAUGGACGAUCCUAGACUUCCUGGAACAGAUGAAAUUCGGGGAUGGCGCGGAAGAUGUGGCAAAUCUGUUUGAGCAGUGGAAGGACUUUAUUUCGAUGUCGGCUCGCGACAUACGGAGGAUCCCGGACAUCACAGCCGAGCAGCAGCGGCGUCUGGACAAGUACAUCACUCUCUUCAACCAUGGCCUCUGGCCACGGGUGUCAGCCGAUGAGUUCCACCAGCGCUUCGCUGGCAAGCCAUUGGAGAAUGAUGGCAAGCCCUGGACGACGGAAGAUGAUGAGCUGCUGUUGCAGCUUGCCAGUCCUGGCGAGAGCGGUGGCUACGACGUGAGCUUUGGAGACCCGUGGAUUUACAUCUCUUGGGAGAUGCAGCGGAGAGAGGAGGAAGUUCAGCAACGCUAUAUCGACUUGGUCGUGCGGCCGAAGGAGAAGUCUGUGCGGCACGAGCUUGCCAUCACCAAGGUGGAGGCCCUCUCCGACUUGGAGCACGCGCUGUCGUCCCAGGAGGCCAGGCAGCUCACACGCACAGCCUGUGUCAAUGCGGCGCUCACUGCCUGUCGCCUCGGAUCAGCAUGGCAGGUGGCCCUGGAAGCUUUGCUGAAAAUGCUUCGUGGCGGAGGAUCGACACCGAGUCCUGAUCACAUCACAUUCGCCACCUGCAUACUCGCGCUGCCUGGGACGUCAGGUCGCUGGAAUUUGGCCUUCGUGCUGAUGGAGGCCAUGGGAUCGCAUCGACUUCCCUUGACGACCGGGGUCUUCAAUGCUGCUCUCAUUUGCUUGCAACGUUCGCAGCAAUGGCAGGCUUCGCUACAACUUCUGGAAGGUAUGGAUGACCAUGCUGUUCAACCGGACCUGGUGAGCGUGAACUCAGUGCUGGCAUCCUGCAGCGCUGCAAGCAGCUGGCUUCUGGUCCAACGCCUGCUCCACGAGGCGCAUGCUCGCGAUGACAUCGGUCCCCUGUCCACUGUGAGCUACAAUACGACACUGGCAGCAUGCGGACGAGCCUUGCUCUGGCAGUCUCAGUUUGCCCUCCUGGAGGAGCUCCGCUGUCGGGUCGCCUUGAGCUCCGCAGCACGAGGACUCUCACGGCCACUGAAGCUCAAAGGGGCUCCUGUGCUUCUGCUGGACGAUAAUGAGUGCCGCCCGCUUCCACCUGGCGAAGGCCUCACCGCGGUCGUUGGUUGCCUUCUGCCGGGUUGCAACGCAGUGCUUUCGGGCUGUGAACGAGCUUCGCAGUGGCUCAAGGCCCUCGAUCUCCUGGCAGCCAUGAACGUCGACAAGGGCUGGCCGCGCCCGGAUGUCGUCAGCUACAACACGUGCAUCAGUGCAUGCGAGAAGGCUACCAGUUGGACAUGGGCCGUGCAUCUUCUCGUCUCGCUUUCCUCGGAUCUUGGAAGACCUCCGGACGCAAUCAGCCUGAACAGCACUGCGCUGGCAUUGACCAGGGCAACACGAUGGCCGGCAGCGGUGGAGCUACUUUGCCUAGCCCAGAAGUUGGGCUCCAUUCGGCUGAACGCUGUCAGCAGCCUGGUGCUGGUCACUGCUUGUGGCCAGGGUGGCCUUUGGCAGCGUGCGCUCUCUGAGCUCUGCGAGCAGUGGCAGCGGCUGAGCGACGACCCGGUCACGCAGCGGAACGUGUACAACGCGACAAUGAGUGCUUGCGAGCAGUCCCGCCGAUGGGCAGAGGCCCUCGAUCUGUUGCAAGCGUGGUGGAGCAAGUCGAUGGUGCUGGACCAGGUUGCCGUCAACACCGCUGCAAGUGCAUGUGCGCUGCGCUGGGAAGUGGCGCUAGAAGUUCUACGAACGUACAGGCUCUCCUCAGCUUCGGAUCCAGAAGGUGCAGCAGGUCUCAGUGCUGUGGGUUUUGGCUGUGCUGCUGCGGGAGCCUGGGUGUGGGCCGUACGCUUGCUUGACCGAGCCAGCCAGCAACAAGGAUGGUGGUCGAAGCAUGCUGCUGCCCACAUUGGUGGCCUUGCCGUGGCCCUGCUGGGAGCAGUUCGGGCAUGCGAGAACUACCUGCAGGCACCGACGCUGCAUCGCUUGCUGCGGCGCCGGCCCACAAUUGCUUUCAGUGGAGCUCGGCUGCUGCUGUGGGACAUGCUGAGCCCUUUGCCAGGCUUGAAAGACGAAGGGCUUCGAGCAGAGCUAUCAGAGAUGUUCCACAGGCAUCAGCUGAGCUCCAGCCUCGUCUCGCGGCCCAUGUGUUGGGGGGCCGUGGGGCGUCAAAGCGCUCUGCUUGCUGUGAGGCGACGCGGGCCCGGCAGUGCCGGCACGCCGAAGGCUCCAGUCCACAUCGACCUCUGCUUUGCGCCGUCUUCGGCUUUUUGGCCUCUGGCCCAACGACCUUGA